AUGCUGAAAUCACGGACCUUCACCAUUGCUGCCAUGUUGGUUGGGAAUUCUCAGCCAUCAUCCGCUGAGGUUGCCUUGAGGUAAGCUGACCCCUGGAGCUCCAUCAGCCAGUGCGUUUCUGCAUAUUUGUCUGCAGGUUGCUGCUUUCUGACCCCCUGUUCCACCAGUUCACUCAUCUGUUCAUCGAUGAAGUGCUCAAACGAAGCGCAAAGACAGACCUCCUUCUUAAAGUCGUUAAAGACAUUGUGCACUUGGUAAAGUAUCGACGAAGAGACCAACAUUAUGUCACGCUUGUGUGUGUAUUCAGUGGGGCAGCAAUCCACGAGUGGUGCUUUUAUCUGCUACCAUCGACGAGUAUAACUUCAGUCUGUAUUUUGAUUGGUGAGUUGGGCAUGCCAUGUCUCUCGACGUAUCUCUUAGCAUAUGACACACAUCACGUGUCUUCUCCUUCUGUCUACUCAGCGCUCCCAUUCAUUAUAUCCCCGGCCGGACGUAUCCCAUUACAGACUACUAUCUUGAGGUGAGAAUCGCAUUGAUCGACGUCUAUUGAGGUAUCGACGCCAUUGAGUAUCACCGCAACAUCGAUGCAGGACAUUCUGGAAAAGACGAAUCAUUGGUUUGAGGGCCGUUAUGUGCACAAGGAGGCACUGGUAGGUAUUGUGAUGGCCUGCAGGACAUGGCAUGUAUGGCGUAUGUUUUCAGCUAUACUUGUCCAGCACACAGGAGACAGAGCUUCGACAACGACACAAGCGGGAGAACGGAAGCCCGUAUCCAGACUCCGUGCUCCUUCAACUCAUCAGGCGAAAGCAGGUACCGAUCCACAAACCACAUUCCUCCCCCGCGUUAUGCACACAAUUGCUCUUCCUUCGAUACACAGGAUAGCAUCCCGUACAAUCUUAUCAAAGACCUGGUCAGACAUAUUCACACGACGAGGCCAAGAGACGAGGCAGUGCUGAUUUUCAUGCCGGGUGCGGAAAAAAUCUCCGCCUGCAUCGCCGAGCUAAAGAAAGUCAACGCACCCAAGACGCCUCCAACUCUUUGGCUGCUGCCUCUUCAUAGGGGCAUGUCUACAAAUGAUCAGCGCAAUGCGCUUACGGAACCGCCUGAAGGUAACCCAAGUGGAGGAUGCUGUGCACAUAUUGGGUUUGCUGUGUGUGGAGGUUAAAGGAGAAUAGUUCUCGCCACGAACAUUCGGAACAUCGAUAACCAUCAGUGAUACAGUGUAGGAUACAGCGGAGACGUAUGUGCCUCUCAGUCUCACCUUACUUGCGCUGCAUCCUUCUCAGACAUACAAUCGACUCGAGGUUUAAAAAGACCAUCAAGUACAAUCACAAAACAAGAGUAAGGCAGACAGGGAGCCAGGAACUGUGGCCACACAAUCAGACAGGUACAGACUCAUACGGCCGGGCUAAUCUGCAGGUCGAGGAGCUCAUCACAUGCAAAAUAUCGGAGUCUUGUGGGCGGUAAGAAGACACAGAAGGACGCACAAAUGUAUUGGGCGCAGCUUGCGUCUUUCCCCUUUUUCCACCAGCCAACGAAAAAGGCGGGCCGGUCGGCAACAAUCGGGCAUGUGCUGA